AUGAACUGUCUCAAAAAGAGGAUGCAAACCAUCCUGCUUCUUCUUCUACUGAACACCUCAGCCUGCUAUAGUUAUGGCUUCAAAGGCUGCAACCGGAACUUCCCCCAGACAGAUAUCAUGUGGUGUUUCAACAGGAACAUUGCUAACCUGUCUGAUGUUAUUAGUAUGAUCCCAGACAACAUAACAACACUCAACCUGUCGAAGAACAAGAUCAGAGUUAUCCCACCUGGAUCAUUCAGUCAGGUGGUUGGGCUCAAGCACCUUGACCUGAGCCAGAACCAGCUGAGCUUUCUUAAAGGUGGAGAAUUCAGGGGCCUGGAUACUCUGGCUUUCCUCAAUCUCACCUCCAAUAACAUCUCACAGAUCCAUCUCAGUGCCUUUGAAGGACUCAGUAGACUCCAAACAUUGCUUCUGAUCCACAAUUGUCUUACAGCAUUCUCCUCACUUAUCUUCAGUUCCCUCCCAGCUAUUCAAGAAGUCGAUCUGUCUUUGAACAUGCUCAAGGUUUUCAGCUGUGGAGAGUCCAGUGGGUCCUCAAGUCUUCAAAAACUAAAUCUGUUUGCAAACAAAAUCCUGAGGCUUAACGUGAGCUGUUUCCCCGCCCUUGAGUACAUCACGCUGUCCAACAACUCUAAGCUGGAGCUGCAAGCAGAUGCUUUUGCCUCAAACCCAAGGCUGAAGGGUCUUCUUUGUCAGAGUGUUCAAGCAGAAAUGCUACUGAGGCUCUCUGCUCAGACAAAGAAAAAUCUAUCUUGGGUGGCAUUUUCUCUGUAUGUUGAGAAAUCUCCAUUAACAAUCUGCCAGUUGCUAAAAGGAAUGGACCAUCUUGGAAGAGCAGAGGUAGGUGCACUUUUCAAGAGCAGAUAGAGCAGAUCCUUGUAUUUUAUGAUUUUCAAACAAUACCGGAUAAUGUGUAUUUAACUUUCCACAGAUUGACUUGAAAGGAUCCAAGUUACCUCAGACUAAUUCCAGCCUGUUGGACUGCCCCACUCCACCUUUGUUGAUCAUUAGGGAUGCAAACCUUGGUAAUGUGGCCCAGAUGCCACUGGGUAAGGCAAAUACCAAGAAACUUUAUCUGGACAACUUAGGGAUGACACGGAUAUCCAAAACUACAUUCAGUGGAUACAAAAGAGUGAAAACGUUGCAGAUGAAUCGCAAUAAGGUUGCUAUUGAGAAGGACACAUUCGAAAGCCUGACACACCUCACAUUUCUAAGCUUUGACCAGAACAAAAUUCGAGACAUUGACCCUGACUGGUUCAUCCCACUGAAGAACCUCAACUGCUUAUCUCUCACCAAAAAUGAAAUCACUGAGCUGCCACCACGGGCGUUCAGCACCCUUAUUCAACUCGAGCAGCUCUACCUGCAGUUUAACCUGCUGAAAUACAUCACCAGGAAGCCCUUCAGUAAGCUGAGGAGGCUAACAAAACUCAACCUCAGUCUGAACAUCAUUGAUUUCAUAGAAGAAGGCACCUUUCAAGACUUGACCAGCCUGAGGUUUACAUUUCUCUAUCAAAUUAUUGAUCCACCUCCACCACUGUAUAAUUGUUUCACACACCUGUCCAUCCCCUAGAUACCUUGACUUGAGUGGGAACCGCAUCAAGAGGCUGACACCACCAAUUCUGUCUGGUCUGACCAAUUUAAGGCAAUUUGUUCUGUACAACAACCGCCUGCAUUUUAGAUCCUAUGAAUCUCCCUUUAUCAACCUUACAUCUCUGGAGGUAGGACAUAUUUUUAACUAGAAAAUUACCUCUGGGAAAUUUUGAAAGGGCCAUGGGGACUACUGCCAGGGUGUGUACUUAAAGAUGAGAUACAUUAGAGAUUUCUAAUAAUUAAUACUAUUAAUACUAUUGUGAUAUUAUAUACAAGGAGGCAGCAAAUCGAAUCUUGUUUUUAAGAUGAUGAAAGAGGAAUAAGAAAAAAUCCACAGUAUAAGAACCGUGCCUCGGCGUGUUUCCCCCAUGGCCCUUUAGUUAGUGAGAGUGCUGCUGAUUUACUGUAUGCAUAAAGUGAUCCUUUCAUCUGUUUAUUCCCUAUCCCCCUAUGUCCUAUUUGAAGUAUGUAGAGAUGAACUACCAGGGGCCUGGGGGUCAAGGACUCGGGAACAUCGGGCCAAACUUCUUCCACAAUACACAUCAAUUAACUUCAGUUAGCAUUGGGCACAGCAUCAAGCUGGACAUCCACCCUGACGCUUUUGUCCCCCUGGUCAAGUUGAAAUCUCUUUACAUAGCAGGAGUUCUUACGAAAACGAUGAACCUGAGUGCGGUGCUGUCUCCUUUAAAAACACUAAAGAAGCUCACUCUUUACAGGGCAGACCUUGAUGCUCUGCCUGCUAACCUGCUGCCUCCAGGUAACACAUUGACAACUCUCCAGGUCCAGUCAAACCACCUUCACACUGUGGACAAAACUCUACUGGAUGCUUUGCCAAGGUAAAAGAAGCUACUGAAGUGUCCUUAAAGUUGCUCGUAGAGGAAUUGAUACUUAAAAGUUAGACACGUUUUCAUCCCUUCCAAGAUAUUUGCAGAAUGGUAAAGAAGUAUUUUGCAGAACAGUAGAGCAAAAUGUGCAGCAUGCAGCUCACUAAAGCAUAACUCUAGAUUCUAACUGCUGCUGUUCAGCAUUGAAGCAUAGUUAAUAUCUAGUAUUAGCAGACUUCUGUACACAUUUGCAGCAGACAGUCUGCUUUAAAUCCAGACUCUACCCUCACCUUCCUAUUGCAAGUCAGAUUGUAAACAUUGGACAUUACUGUAAUGUUAUUUUUUUUUUGAGAAUCUAGCAUUUAUCAAAGCAGGGUAAUGCUGUGAUGCUGUGUUGUAUGCCUGCAUUUCAUCAGCUGCUUAAAACCACGAGUUUAUUUCAUGGCACUGAAAAAAAGAGUGUCUACUGCAUUAGACUCCUUCAAUACUCACAUCUAUUAUAGUCAUGCUACCAAGUCUUAUUAGUUAUACUUUGAUAUAUUUGUGCUAAAAAUGGGGAAAAUAAAAAACACAUUGAAAAAAAGUAGUUUAUAAAUUCAGCAUCACUACAACCUUGUAUAUCAUGAUCGACCUGUAAUUACUCUGCUUGUUCAGAGUGAUAAACUUUGUUUAAACUAAAAUAUCAUUAUCAACACUGGUGUUCUGUAUGCUCUCAUGUUUCCAGUUUGCGUGUGCUGGAUAUUACAGAUAACCCCCUUAGCUGUGCUUGUGAAAACGCGUGGUUCAAGAACUGGGCCAUUCACAACAAUCAAACACAGGUAACUGAAGCUAUAAUGAGUGAGUCUUGUGAAGUACUGGGUAGAUUGAAGACUUGGCUUUUCUUCAAACCUCUCUAGGUGACCCUCUUGUACAACCUGCAGUGUGACAAUGACAGGAGAUCGUCCUACCUGUGGCAGUUUGAUGAAAAGGCCUGUUCCUAUGAUCAGGUGUCCUUCAGCCUCUUUGUUUCCUGCUCUGUUUUGGAUAUGUUGCUUGUAGUUUUGUGUCUGGUCUGGCACGCACAGGGACCUGCUCUGCGCUACCUGAUGCUCAUAUUAAAGGCAAAACUACGAGGUCGCAAAGGGGCAGCUGGGGCAAAGUUCCAGUAUGAUGCCUUCAUUUCCUACAGCUGUAAGGAUGAAGCCUGGGUGGUGGGACAGCUGGUGCCCAAUCUUGAGACACCAGCAAGGGGGCUCCGGCUGUGCCUUCACCACAGAGAUUUCCGUCCUGGUGCUGCAGUUGUGGAGAACAUCGAAGCGGCCAUCUUCAACUCUCGCCACACUAUCUGUGUGGUGACGCCCAACUUUUUGCAAAGUGAUUGGUGCUCUAUGGAGUUUCAGCUGGCCAGUCUGAGGCUGUUGUGUGAUGGAAGUGAUGUCCUCCUGCUGGUGUUCCUAGAGGAAAUGCCCGAACACUGUCUGUCUCCCUACACACGCCUGCGCAAACUCGUACGGAAAAAGACCUACCUGCUGUGGCCUGAGGAACCGAAGGAGCGGGAUGUUUUCUGGGUCAGACUGAUGGAUGCUUUAAAGGACAGUGAGGAAGAGGAGAGGGAAGAAGGAGGGGGAGAGGAAGAGUUGGUGAAGCUAAUUUGCUAG